CCCCCGCCCCGCCGGCCGCCGCCCCCGGUGACGUCACCGCGCGCGCGGCGGGCGGCCCAAGAUGGCGGCGGCGGCGGGUGGCUGCGGAGCUGCUGCUCCGUCCUCAGGCACGCUUUCCCAGUCCUGGCCAGCGUGAGGAGACGAGGCCUCUCGGGUGCCAGCGGCCGGUGGCACCAGGCCCUGGGGCUGGGGGUGGCCCUGUGUGCUGUCCCUGUUGUGGAGCAGCAGGGAUCAGUGUCCCUCAGUAACGAUGCCCUGAUCAGAAGAGCCGUGUCCCUGGUGACAGACAGCACGGCCACCCUGCUGUCCCAGACCACCUACGCCCUCAUCGAGGCACUCACAGAGUACACAAAGGCAGUUUAUACCCUGGUGUCUCUCUACAAGCAAUACUCAAAUCUUCUUGGGAAGAUGAACUCAGAGGAGGUGGAUGCAGUGUGGCAGGUGGUCAUAGGAGCCAGAGUUGAUGUGAAGACAAAGCAGCAGGAAUACCUGAGGCUGGAGUCCAGCUGGAUGACGGCGCUGCGCCUGUCGGAGAUGGCAGCAGAGGCUGCCUAUCAGUCAGGAGCAGACCAGGCCUCGGUGACAGCCCGCAGCCACAUCCAGCUUGUGAAGUCACAGGUACAAGAAGUGAAGCAGCUGUCCCAGAAAGCAGAGACCAAAUUAGCUGAAGCUCAAACAGAGGAGCUCAUAAAAGCUCAAGGAGAGGAAUCUUCGUCGCCACAGGGUAUUUUAGGAAAUAUAGAUGCAGGUGAUGACCCUUACCUUCGGGAGGACUGAACAGAACUGAACUGUAGCAUAUCUGGGAGUCAAUCACAAAUUGAACAGUCCCAAACUUUUGUGUGGGAUAGUCUAAAACUGCUGAAAUAAGCCCGUGAUUCCAUUUUUUUCCCCAAGCAGGAUUGCUGUAGAAAUCAAGUCACUUCCAGGUAUUUGGAAGGCCUCCAUUUUGUUUGUAAUUUACCUUGUUUGUCACACUUUUGGAUUCAUUUAUUUAAACGUUUAUCUAUGCAAAUGUGAAGACUGCUAUCAAGGACAGCCCAGUGUUAAUUGUGUCUCUGCUGGGAAGUUUGAUGUGUCUGUGGGAGCUCAUUAGGGAUCAGCCAAAGAAGUGUAUUUAAAGAACCUUGUUUUUAACCUGUGAAGUAAAUGAUGUGUGUGAGGAGAUGCCUUUAUUAAACUGUGCAAAAGCA